ACUGAAUCGUCGAGACCAGCUUGCAGAUGAAUGGCAAGAGUCUCCAUUCGAGAACUCGUUCGUUUCAGAAGCUCUUUUCUCUCUCAUCCCACUCUGUUCCACUCCAAAUCCAGUCUUUCUUCCUCAUCUUCACAUUCUUGUUCCUUGGAGUCGAGUUCUGAUAGCCCAACACACUUGCUCCGUCACCGGACUCUAAACCUGUUCAAGACAUGCUACAACAUGAAACAGCUCGUUCAAAUCCAAGCCCAUUUGAUCACUUGUGGUGUCUUCCAAAACCCAUCUCUUGCUGGCAGAGUUUUGAAGUGUGCACUUGAUUUCGGUGAUUUAAAUUACACAAUAUUGGUUUUUCGAUGUAUCGAAUCACCGGAUACAUUUUGCGUGAAUAAUGUAAUCAAGGCCUAUGCUUGCAGUAAUUUCCCACAUCAAGCUGUGGUUUUCUAUUUUGAAAUGGUGAGCAAGGGGUUUGUUCCCAAUAGUUUUACUUUUCCACCGCUUAUUAGUUCUUGCGCAAAGAUGGGUUGUUUGAAAUCGGGGCGAAAAUGUCAUGGCCAAGCUACUAAGAAUGGUGUUGAUUGUGUGCUUCCAGUAGAGAACUCUUUAAUUCAUUUAUAUGCCUGUUGUGGGCUUAUUGAUUAUGCUAGGAAGGUGUUUGUUGAAAUGUCACUGAGGGACUCGGUAUCUUGGAACUCAAUUGUUGAUGGAUUUGUGAAAGUUGGUGAAUUGGACAUUGCUCAUCAGCUGUUUGAUAAAAUGCCAAUUAGGAAUGUGGUUUCUUGGAAUGUCAUGAUUACGGGGUAUUUGAACGGUGGGAACCCCGGCAACUGUUUGAAGUUGUUUAGGACAAUGGCAAAGACUGGAUUGAGAGGCAGUGAAACGACAGUGGUGAGUGUGCUAACUGCUUGUGGUAGGUCAGCUAGAUUGAGGGAAGGAAGAUCAGUUCACGGUUCUCUCAUCAGGACAUUGGUGGAUUUGAGUUUGAUCAUCGACACGACUUUGAUAGAUAUGUAUAGCAAAUGUAGAAGGGUGGAUGUUGCCAAACUAGUUUUUGAUAGGAUGUCAGUCAGGAAUUUGGUUUGUUGGAAUGCAAUGAUUUUGGGGCAUUGCCUCCAUGGGAAUCCGGAAGAUGGACUCAGUCUAUAUGCAACAAUGGUAGACAGAACUUGCUCAAGAGAUGGUGAAAUACAUUCCGAUAACAAUAUAAAGCUAGAUGAAGGACAAAAAAAAUUCCCAGAUGAAAUUACCUUCGUUGGUAUCUUAUGUGCUUGUGCUCGUUGUGGGUUGUUGAUAGAGGGAAGAAACUACUUCAGCCAAAUGUUUGACUUGUUUAGUAUAAAGCCCAAUUUUGGGCAUUAUUGGUGUAUGGCUAAUCUCUUUGCCGGUGUUGGUCUAGUAGAAGAGGCGGUGGAAAUCUUAAAGAGCAUGCCCAUUAAUGAGAAUGUAUUGUAUGAAUCCUUAUUAUGGGCUAGAUUGCUCGGGUCAUGUCGUUUCCAGGGAAAUGUGAUUUUGGGUGAAGAAAUUGCGAAAGCUUUAAUUGAAUUGGAGCCUGAUAAUCCUUCAUGCUAUGCAUUGCUGUUGAAUGUCUAUGCUGUAGCAGGUCAAUGGGAGGAUGUUGCUGGGACGAAGCAGAUGAUGAAGGAGCAAGGGAUUAAAAAAAUAGCGGGUUGUAGUCUCUUUGACUUGCAAGAUAUUGUUCACAACUUGAAUUUGGGAGAUAAAUGGCAACAACAGCAUAUGCAAGAGGUCAGCAUGCUGAUGGCUGAAUUGGCUCAGCGACUAAGCUUGUUGUCUGCUAAUUCUCAAAAACCACCACUGCAUGAAACAGAAACUAGAAGCUAAUGUCUGCACCAAUGGGAAGUCAAAACCUAGACUCUUCUUUAACCCACUUUGUUGGACAUUUGACAAACCGGGAUACCAAUGGCGAUCCUGAAAUAUGGGAUAAUGCUUUGGCUAGUGAGGACGAUGUAAAAUUUUGAUGAAUAUGAAUGUAAUUGUUUUUUAUGGCCUGAUACAAUCAUACAAGAAGUCACACUUCGGCAGAAGAAUGUGAGAGAGCUGAAAUAAGUUGAGAAGUAAAGAUUCUAAGAGCUCAUUCUUUUUUCAAUCUGAGUGCUGUUGUGGGCAGAAUGCAGGCAUGACAGAUACACUAGCUGGUUCACAGAUAAAAGCUUGACAACUUUUCACCUAGGAGAUGGAACAUCAUGACAUGGGUAUGAAAUUGUGAAGCCUGGACACUUCUAAGAGUGUGGCAUACCGUGUCAUUUCGAAGACCGACACAAUAUUCGUGAGACACUUAAAACAAUCAAUUGUGUCACUUAAAACAAUCAAUUGUUGAACACACGGCCCACAGGCAUGAAACUGUGAAACAUACAAGUGCUUGCCGUGUUGACAUGACACUCUAUUCAUCUAACACUUCUCAACAGUUGUUGGACCCAUGUUUAAACAUGUCUUAUUAAUUUACGAACUUAGUUUUUUGUUAA